UUACAAUCCAACAGAUAUCAUCAACUUUUAACUAUUACAUUCAUAAAAUGAAUAAUAAAUUAUUAUUUUUAUUCAUUAAAUUCAUUAAAAUGAUGUCAUUUUACUUAGAAUGCGUAAGUCGAUCAUACCGAUCAUACCGGUGGUGUCAUGUCGGUUUCAUGACCGGCACAGGUUGAACCAGGUUCAACCGGGUGGCAUGCCACCGGCAUGACAACCAUUCACGUAUUUGAAUCCAAACCGGCUUGAGUCUGGUCCGGUCUACUCCAUCAGGUCAGAGAACAGAGAUUACUUACACAGCACAGGCCACAGGGCGUGCAGCGACUACUGAAAAAAUUGAAACCUCAUAAACCCUAAAGACUUAAGCUUGUCCUCCCCUGUCGCUCAAUCGCACGGCUACUCACCUGCCAUCCCUUUCAUUGCAGGUAACUAGUUCUUCGUCCGCAGAAACUUGCGUAUCAUCAUGACUGUUCUUCCUUUUGCUCUUCAAGUUUUGGGCAGAUUGGUGUUUUUUUUCCCCUUUCAUUUAUCGGUGUGUUGAUUGCCAAACAAAGAUGACCAGUUCCGAUCUAUGAUUCCCAUUCUCUUCAGAACCCAUGACGAUGAAUUGAGCCACUAGUCCGAGCGAAAUCCAAUUCCCCUUCAAAGUAGUUUUCGUCCUUAUCUUACAGUGUUUUAUUGCAAAACCUUCAGCCAUUUGAUUCCCACCAUUGGCAUCUGCAGAGAAGUGGGAAGUACCGAUGUUGAUUCCAGUCUUAUACCCACAAUUGAUUAUCGUUAUCUCUUCAUUAUCGUCACUUGAAAAGUCUCAUCUUUGUCGAUAAUGUCGAUAUUAUUUCCUAGUCUCAGGAUCUCUCCUUUGAAAUGCAGUGUUGAACUGGCUGAAAGGACUAAUUUUGUAAAGCUUUAGCAUUAGUUGUCAUGGGGACUGAAGAGCCUAGAGAUCCACUCAAAGGGGUCGAUUGGAAAGCGAUAGGCACAGAGCUUCAGAACGACCCAAGUGCUGGAACAAAGCAAGCUGUAAAGAAGCGGCUUCCGAAAAGGAUUAGGCAAAUCCCCGAGAGCUAUUUCCUUCCCAGAAUGUCUUGGCCCUCGGCGAUUGGAUUCUAUGGAGCAUGCAUUGUUGGCGGGGUUGGUGCUGGCAUGCUGGUGGAGAUGUGGAUAAACAAGAAAGUCAAAGAGGAUGGAGGAGUGAUAUGGGAGUUUGAUAAAUAGAAACAGGACGGUGGAACAUCAGUUGCAGGGAGUUGCAUGACAAAGAACUCCCACUCUCCACUAACAGACUAACUGAAGGUGCUUCUUGCGGAUCAUUGAUCUUCGAGACGCCUUUAUGCGCACACACCUCUUGCAGACGAAUUUUCUAGUCCUGGCAUGGAUGACUCGCCCUCGGUCUCUGCAUAGAGGUUUCGUUUCAAACCCCAUCUUCUUGUGCCCGUGAAGUAUAGUAGCAGAUAUUUGUGUGCGAGCUGCAUUGAGAAUCAGCUUUCUUACUAGGAUCGGCGAGGUUAUAUUAUCUGUUGAGGUUUUUCUUUACCAAAUCAGGAUGAGGGUUGAAAUAUGUUCUUGUCGGAUGAACUGAGCUGCAGUCUUGGUUUUUAAUGCGGAAUAGAAGUCUUUGAUCCAAGUUUGAAGCAAACCAUGGUGAAUUAUGAAGUUUUAAGAAGGGGGUGUCUUUCUGCUUUUUGCAAACUGCUGAUCGUACUAAUGGUGUAUUCAUGUUUCGUUUUCGAUUCAACUAUUAGAUCGUGAAUCGCUAACGGCACCUGUCUUAAGUCUUGUUCGGGUUUCAGAAACAUCUAUCUGCACAGUGUGAUCUCGUUUCGCAGUAGUGCAAGGUUGGAGCGGAGCUGGUUUUGCUUGGUUCUUUCAACAACAUUUCUGACUUGUGAGAAAGAUCACACAUGUUUAUGUGGCUGUUGUUAAUUGUGAAAAACCAUUAACAAUUAGCUAGGACUGCAUGUCACCUGUUCCUGGCUUUUGUUUCAAUUUGGUUGUGAUGAUUUUUCACAAUUAACAACAGCCAAACAAGCCAAACACGAACUAAUCAAGCCAAACAUGGCCUAACGCAAGCUUGACUCGUUUACUAACGAGUCGGCUCGCGAGCCGACUUGUUAAACAACGAGUCAAGUGUCGAACGAGUUUUUUCCGAUUCGAACGCCGAGUUGCUCGCGAGCGGCUUGGCUCAUUUGCAGCCUAGUUGGCAUAUAUCAACUUUCAGCUAGCUAGGAUGGCUGUUGUUAAUUGUGAAAAACCAUCACAACCAAAUUGAAACAAAAGCCAGGAACAGGUGCAUGAAAAACCAUCACAACCAAAUUGAAACAAAAGCCAGGAACAGGUGACAUGCAGUCCUAGCUAGCUGAAAGUUGAUAUAUGCCAACUAGGCUGCAAAUGAGUCAAGCCGCUCGCGAGCAACUCGGCGUUCGAAUCGGAAAAAACUCGUUCGACACUUGACUCGUUGUUUAACAAGUCGGCUCGCGAGCCGACUCGUUAGUAAACGAGCCAAGCUUGCGUUAGGCCAUGUUUGGCUUGAUUAGCUCGUGAGCUAGCUUGACUUGGUGGCUUGGUGAGUUUAAGCUCGCGAGCUGGCUUGUUUAAAGCUUGUGGAAGCAUUAAUUACUCUUCUGAACAUGAAAAUUAUCUUGUUAACAAGGAUGUGUAUGGAAGUUAAAUGUUAUUGUUAAUUUCUAGUGUUCUUUUUAUCAUUUUUAAUUUAUAAUAUUCUUAUUUGUACACAUUUUUCAGCAAGAAUGGUUUCAAAUCGAGUUUAUCUUGAGCCGAGCUUGUACUCAGCUUAACAAGCUGUGUUAAUGAGCAUUUACCGAGCUCGAGCUGGAUUAUUUUUAAUAGAGUCGAGCUUGAGCU